GCCGCCGCAGCCGGAGCGCCAGCAGGGACCCGCCGCGGCCGCAGGUGCCCAUGGACAGAAGGCAGCGUGCCCGCCGCUGAGCCCCCGCCGCCAGCCAUGGAGCCCCCCAGCCUGGGCCGACAGGACGCCUCGGAGAGCGCCCGUCUGGUGAGCAGCCGCGACCCGGCCGGCGCCGGCAGCCUUCGCCUCAAGAGUCUAUUUGCAGGCCCCCAGGAUGCCUUCCCUGGCUUGCCUCCGGAGAAUGGACAUGCAGCUGUGGGCGUGGACCUGGAGAUGGAGAGGCGCCUGGCCCCGCACUGUCACGUCGGGCCCUGCUCCCCCAGCCAGAGCCAGCUGAAGUUCCAGGCUCAGCGGAAGCUCAGCGUUGCAUGUGCGGUCUGCUUCCUCUUCAUGAUUGGCGAGGUCAUAGGUGGGUAUCUGGCACACAGCCUGGCUAUCAUGACCGACGCAGCUCACCUGUUGACAGACAUGGGAAGCAUGGGUGUUAGCCUCUUCUCCCUCUGGGUCUCCACUCGCCCAGCCACCAAGACAAUGACCUUUGGCUGGCACCGUUCAGAGACCCUGGGUGCACUGGCUUCUGUCUUUUCCAUCUGGAUCGUCACAGGUGUGCUUGUCUACCUGGCUUCUGCCCGCAUCAUCAGCAAUGACUAUGAGAUUGAAGCAUCGGCCAUGCUGGGAACGUCAGCCUGCGCUGUAGGUGUGAACAUCAUCAUGGCCUACCUUCUGCACCAGUCGGGCUCUCCACACAGCCACGGCCCAAGCACAGGGGGCUACGAGCGGAUUGGCGAUAGCCCCUGCGGCACCGCCAUACCCACCCACAGCAACACCAGUGUCCGAGCUGCCUUUGUGCAUGUGGUGGGCGACCUGCUCCAAAGCAUCGGGGUCUUCAUAGCUGCCUCCGUCAUCUACUUCAAGCCCCAGUAUAAGAUAGCUGACCCGAUCAGCACAUUCCUUUUCUCGGUCUUUGUGCUGGGUUCCACCCUGACCAUCCUGCGUGACGUCUUCCGGGUGUUGAUUGAAGGCUCGCCACGUGGUGUGGAGUUCAAGGCAGUGAAGGAGCUGCUGCUCUCGGUCAAGGGAGUGAAGGGAGCCCAUAACCUGCAUCUUUGGGCUCUGACUCUCAGCCAUCAUGUCGUAGCUGUGCACCUGGCCAUUGAGCCUGGUGUUGAUGCAGAGACAGUGCUGCAAGAAGCCACGGCCCUCCUGCAGAGCAAGUUUGGCUUUGUCUCGUGCACUAUCCAGGUGGAGCGCUACCUGGAUGACAUGGCCAUCUGCCGCCAGUGCCAGGACCCACGUGACUAAGCCCAGUGCUGCCAGGCACCAGCUACCAUGCUCCCCCCACUGCCAAGCCCAGGAGGUGCCUGAAGCAGGGGACUCUCCCUCCUCUUUCCUAGAGUCAGAGACCACGGCUGUGUCUUUGAGCCCCAGGCUUUGGCCUCUCUCUCCCCCUCUGCAUCUUCGUGUCACAUUCCAGGCUGAGUGGGGGCUCCCCUCCUGAGGGCCACGCCCACUUCCCACGUUCAUCAGCCUAAGUGUCUUUGAUGUGCAAGCCCGCAGGUGCUGGGGCCACUGGAGGAAGGCCAAGACAGCUGCUUCUGGGGCUAGGUCUUUGGCUGGGGCUACAUAGCCAUUUUUGUACAUGCCACACUGGCAGCAGAUAUUCCUCUCCUCUUAGGAGUGUGGGUGGUGGUGCGGGAAUCAGUCCACAGUAAACCAAAAGCCAGGUGCAGGAUUCCAGAGAGGCGGAUCCGGGUCCCUGUUCCCUCCAUCUCUGAGCAGAUGGAACAAGGAACUAUCAAAAAAGAAAUCCAGGCCACCUAAAAUAAGACACACGCAGCCCUCGACAUACAGCCCUCUCAAGUCAACUGUCUUCCAUUGGUUGGCUGACAGGCAGGACACUUGCCUCCUCACACAUAGUGGGACAGUGUCAAAGGGCUGGCAGAGGAGGGCAUGACCAACAGCUUAUUUUGAGGGGAGGGGGCAAACCUCAGGUCCUUAUUUGGGGAGUUGAGUAAGGAACUGUGCAUGCACCUAAUGGGCAAGACGUUCCUGAGGGCCAAUGAAAACACUCAGAGCGUGGCAGAAACCAGAGGCUUCAGCAACCCUCCACUGCACAGGUGAGGCAGGAGGAAGGGGCUAUGCACUUGGAUCCCCAUUUUCUUCGACCUUUGUGGUUAAAAAGAAAGGUGCGGGACCUUCCCAGCACAUGGCACCUCUCAGCCACCGGAAGUCAAGCUCAGUCUCUGGUUCAGUGGCUUCUGGUAAGCCAGAAAGAACCCAGGGUGGGGUUGGGGAGACCCCAUUUAGCCAGAAUAGGUGAUUGUUGGCCAGAUCCAGAGCCAAGUUGCCACUCCCUCUUCUACUCCAAUGCUAUCCUGUAGUGCAAAGCCAACAGAACUGGGGCGCUAACCCUGCACCCCUGUCCUCCAGGGAGCUCACUGUACCACAGCUAUUCUUGAUCAUCCCAGGAUUUUGCCCCCCGCCCCCCCCGAAAGAAAUUCUACCCAAUGCUUGUUGUGCACUUCCAGGAAACACGGGCAUGCGGACAGGCUGGCCCCCUCCAACAAGCCCUGCCCUCGCAGCAGAGCAAGGGACCCCACCCUCAAGCCUUGCAGAGCGGGUGGGAUGUUGCUGUCUUCUGGAAACCCCUCCACACCAAGCAUAGGCAAGUGAGCCAGCCAAAUCCUUCCUGUGCCCACGUGUCAUGUCUGUGAUCUUGUGGAGUACUUAUCUGUGUGUGCGUGUCAGUGCGUUUCUAGUGUGUCGUGUGUCCAGGUGUCGUUUAACAAAGUGCUGAAAGUACCAGUGAUGCCAAUAAAGUAACCUGCCUCGA